GCCGUCUACAGCUUUGUUCCUGCCUCUCACCCCUGCAGAGAGGAGAUGCCUGUGAGCACUUUGGCUCCUUGGUGGGAUUGCUGGCGCCUCUGACGUGUGACCCCAUGCCUGCAUCCCGCCAGCUGGCCGUCACCUGUCUGAGCUCCCUUCUGCAAAUCCAAGCCAAAACAGUCAACACAGUCAUUGAGACGGGUGACAUCAAGAGCCUGUGCGAGGGGCUGCAUGCCUGCAGCAUCGCCUCUCAGCUCCAGACCACGUCCAAAAUGGCAAGAAUUGUGUGCAGGAACUUCCCCCUAGAACGCACCGUUGACUUCAUGGCGGCCAUCAAGGAGACGAUCCGGAAAGCCAACGGAGUGCGUGUGCGUGCUGCUGGGAAGUGGAUGACCACCUUCCUGGAGAUGCACGGGAAGGACAUCAGUUGGAACGUGCCUCCGAUCCUCUACAUCCUGCGCAGCAUCACAUCGUUUGCGCAGCAGAGCACGUUCCUGCCCUUCCUGUGCCAGGCGGUGGUCAUCCUCACCCGCUGUCACACUGAGGCCGUAAUGAACAACUUCUCCCGGCCGCUUGGGCCAACGGACAGUGAGACGUGGAAAAGAAUAAGAGAGUUUUGCCUUCAACGCUGGAGGCGGUAAAAGAACAAAGAGAAAGACAAAGAGGAAGAGGAAGAGAGGAGGAGAA